AUGCGACUCAACCAUAUUUGUGUUCAACAGGCUGGUCUUAAACUUCUUGGGAGAGACAAUAUUAGACAAAAGAUUAUGGAAAAGAUAUUGUUGGAUAGAAAUGGUGGAAGUAAUUGUACUGUCAUUUGCAUAAAUGGUGGGAGUGGUCAUGGCAAAACUUCACUGCUCCAUGUCCUUUACGAUGACCAACAAUUGAUGGAUGCUUUUGACCAAAGGAUAUCGAUACAGAUGUCUGAUAAAUUAGACAUAUUAAUGCUAUUUAGGAAGAUUGUUGAGUUUGCCAUGAGUGACCAUUGCAGCAUUACGAACCUCACGUGUCUUCAAGAAAUGGUUAAGGAGGACAUCGCGGAUAAGAAAUUCUUGCUUUUCUUGGAUGAUGCGGACAUGGAAGACCAACAAUUUUGGAAUAGUGUAUUAGAAGUUCUUAAUGCUGGUGCCAAAGGAAGUGCUGUUGUCAUGGCUACAAGGAGUGUGACUGUUACUGCUCUUAGAGGUUUGGACUUGAAGGCCAUUGGUGGUCUUUUGUGCCAGACAGAAACUAUUUUCUUAGAAAAGGAUAUGUUUGAGGGAAGUGUUAUGCUUUUACAGCUCUUCUACGAUGUUUUACCAAUCCAUCUGAAGAAGUGCCUUGCAUUCUGUUCCUUGUUCCCAGAAGGUUACAUCUUUGAUAAAAUUCACAUGGUCCUGCUAUGGAUAUCUCAUGGUUGUGUCAGGCCUGUUGAAGGGUGUGAACUUGAAGGUGUCGGAGUUGCAUAUUUCAAUGAGUUGCUGCGCAGAUCCUUUUUUCAGUAUUCAUCUUUCCAGAAUGAUAAAGAUGACAAGUUUGUGAUGCAUGAGCUUAUCUACAAUGUGGUAGAGCCUGUCUCCCGAAACAGAUACUUCAAGUCUGAGGAUCUCCUGAGCAGCGUACCUGAAAAUAUUCUUCAUUUGUCGAUUGUUUCCUCGCAAUUUCAGGCUGUUCAACUGAUGUCCAGAACAGAAAAAUUGAAGGAUUUGCAGACAUUUCUGGUGGUGCAACCUGAGUGGCAACCAUACAACAUUUGUUUUCCUACCUUAAAUCUUGUCGGUUUAGACAAUGUCCUUCUGAAUUUCACUACCCUAGAGACACUGGAUUUGAGGUACACCGACAUAGAAGAGCUGCCAAUCUCCAUUGUUGGCCUGAGAAACUUGCAGUACUUAUCUCUCAACUACACAAGCGUCAGGGCUCUUCCGUCUGAGCUCUGCUGCCUCAGCAAUCUGCAGACACUGAAAGCGAAUGACUGCCGCUUCCUCACCAAGUUACCUGGAGAUGCAAAGAAGCUGCUCAAGCUGCGCCAUCUUGAUGUGACAAAAGAACUGGGUUACGUUCACUUGCCACAUGGAGUUGGACAGCUGACUGAACUCCGGACACUGCCAGUCUUCCACGCCAGUGGUGACUCGUUACAUUGCUCCAUAAGUGAGCUGGGAAGCUUGCACAAUAUGAGGGGUUGCCUUCGGCUUUCAGGACUCGAGAGUGUCAAAACUGGCAGCAAGGCCCAGGAGUCUAACCUGAAGGAUAAGCAGCACCUCCAGGAUUUAACGCUGCAAUGGCACAAUGGCAGCAUAGACAUUGACGUCGAUGACGAAGAAGCAGACAGUGUGGCUGAGAAGGUUCUUGAAAGCCACCAGCCGCACGUCAACCUCCAAGACCUCGCCAUUAGAGGCUACCAAGGCAGUGCAUUUCCUGCUUGGAUGCAAGACUCUUCUUCCUUGCCCAGUUUAGUCUCGCUCACACUCGACAGCUGCUGCAACUGUACCCAGUUCCCCGCCCUUGCCCUGCUGCCAUCACUGAAGUUCCUGAACAUACGGAAGAGAUGUAUGACGCGCAACGGCUGA